AUGGCCGUCGAUACGUCCGAAGCUCGACUCAAGUUCUUGAGACAGGCUGCAUAUCAGCUUACUAUCACUGCACCAAAUGUAGCCGCUACUCUUUCGUCAAACUACAACAAGUCUGUCAUUGGCGCCGAGGACGACCUACAACACGCGAAGAAAGAAUGGGACACACUGCGGCGCGAAGCAUGCGGUGCUUGCGGCAAUAUUUUACUUCCAGGAUGGUCAGGCUCCGUAUCUAUUCCAUCUCGUCGGUUGUCGGCGAAGAAACGUCGGUCACAGCCACCCACGCCCUUGGAGAAGAAAAUCGUGUCCACAUGCUUGAGAUGUGACCGGAAGUCAGUGCAGGCUAUGCGGUCCAAACCGUCGAAACAUAUCUCUUCGAAAUCAAUGCGCAAGACUGUCGAAGCUGUGAAGCCCUUCGACUCAAGCAAGCCGAUCGGAGAAGAUCAAGACAAGGUUACCAAGUCCGCCAACGCAACAAGCAAGCAACGGAAGAAGUCUCGCCAACGCGGUCUACAGGCCAUGCUCGAGAAAAACAAAAGUCAAAGUUCUGGCGGUGGCCUUGGACUUGAUCUGAUGCAGUUCAUGCAAUAA